AUGCAAGUCGAGAAUUGCAUCUCGCAAGCGAGUGAUCUCUCCAAGAAAUUUAUGAAUGUGGGCAGUGGCUUUUCGAGCUCCGAUGGAUCAGAGCUUUCAUUGCAGGACCAUCCUAUUAUAUCUGCAAGUGACAACCUGGAGAGAAGUUCACCUCUGAAAAAAAACUCUAGGGAGAUGACGAAUCAGUCAGAGGCAGACAAUUUUCCCGACUCCAAGGACGCAUCAGGGGACGUCCAGAGGGGCAAACUCUCUCCUGGUCUUCACGGAGUCUCUGACAUCCGUCAUAAUUUCGAUGGAUCUGCAGGAGAAAGGUGCAUCUUUUCUCCAUCUACCCAGCCACAGUCAGUCUCAGCAGCGACCAGUGCCAUGUUUCCUUACCCGACCCAGCAUGGACCAGCGCACCCGGCUUUUUCUAUUGGCAGUCCCAGCCGUUAUAUGGCCCAUCACCCGGUCAUAACUAAUGGAGCUUACAACAGCCUUCUGACCAACACUUCUCCUCAAGGCUACCCGGCAGCGGGCUACCCGUACGCGCAACAGUAUGGACACACGUACAACGGAGGGGCUUUUUACCAGUUCUCCACGGCGCAAGCAGGACUCGUUCCGGGGAAAGCGCAGGUGUAUCUGUGCAACAGGGCCCUGUGGCUGAAGUUUCACAGACACCAAACAGAGAUGAUCAUCACAAAGCAAGGACGACGAAUGUUCCCAUUUUUAAGCUUCAAUAUUUCUGGCCUUGACCCAACUGCUCACUACAAUAUAUUUGUGGAUGUAAUACUUGCUGAUCCAAAUCACUGGCGAUUUCAAGGAGGCAAGUGGGUGCCAUGUGGAAAAGCAGACACAAAUGUAAUAGGAAAUAGGGUUUAUAUGCACCCGGACUCACCAAAUACCGGAGCGCACUGGAUGCGUCAAGAAAUAUCAUUUGGAAAGCUAAAGCUUACAAACAACAAAGGUGCCUCCAACAACACGGGGCAGAUGGUGGUUCUCCAGUCUCUCCACAAGUACCAGCCCAGGCUCCAUGUGGUUGAAGUAAACGAGGAUGGGACAGAGGACACCAGCCAACCAGGAAGAGUCCAGACUUUCACCUUCACAGAAACGCAAUUCAUCGCCGUCACAGCUUACCAGAAUACCGAUAUUACGCAACUGAAAAUCGACCACAAUCCGUUUGCUAAAGGAUUUCGGGACAACUAUGACACUGUCUACACAGGCUGCGACAUCGACCGCCUAACUCCAUCACCGGGUGACUCUCCGCGUUCACAGAUCGUGCCGGGUGCGAGAUAUGCCAUGCCUAGCUCUUUCCUGCAGGACCAAUUUGUCAGCACUUAUGCCAAAUCUCGCUUUCACCCUGGCGUGGGGACUGGUCCUGGCACCGAGCGCAGCGUCCCACUCGGCAACAGCUUGCUGUCCCCGCAGCAAACCGACGAGCCCACUGUUGCCACCCCCCCGCAGCGAUGGUUUGUCACCCCUGCCAACAACCGACUGGACUUUGCUGCCUCGGCAUACGACGCCGCUGAUUUCGCCGGUAACGCGGCCACCUUGCUGUCCUACGCAGCGGCCGGAGUGAAGGCUCUUCCCCUGCCGACUGCAGGCUGCUCCAACCGGGCUCUUGGCUAUUACGCCGACCCGUCAGGCUGGGGAGGACGCACACCGCCGCAAUACUGUGGCGUAAACAGCAAAUCCAGCUCGGUCUUUUCCUGCUGGCACGCUAACUCUAUCGGGGGAAGAGCGGGCACCAACUACCUGGCUGAGGAGGGAGACUCCAUUCCGACAGAGAGGUCACCGAUCGGCGGCUCGGAGGAGACCAAACCCAAAGACAUGACAUCUGAGUCGAGCUGGAUAGAGACGCCGUCCUCCAUUAAGUCCAUUGAUUCGAGCGACUCUGGUAUCUUUGAACAGGCCAAAAGGAGAAGAAUCUCACCUUCUGCCACGCCGGUUUCAGAGACAGUGUCCCCUUUAAAAUCUGAGCUGCUGGCACCGAGAGAGUGUGAGAAAAACUGCACAAAGGACAUUGGUUAUUACAGUUUCUAUCCUCACAGUUAA